GCGCGUGCUUCAGACUCGUCUUUGUUUACAUUCCUUUGCGCAUGCGUCAUCUCUAUAGCAACUAAAUGUUGACGGGGAUCUGAGAUCCGCGGAGACCAUUGUCUGUGGCGGGGACCUAACUUUGACAAAAUGAAAAUAAAGCGCUUCUGUCUCAGAUAUUACCCACCAGGUAUUAUAAUAGAAUAUGAAAAAGGGGAACAGCUAAGGACAAAGUCAAUAGACCUUCUGGAAUUAUCAACAGAGACAGAUCCAGAUGAGCUGGUGACAGAGAUAGUAGAAUCAGAGCCUUUGAUCAUAGAGCACUGGGCUGAUCUGCUUAAAGAAAUGAUCAUCUGCCUUCAACAGAAGAAAACUCAGCAAAAUCAUCACAAGUUCUGCUUUGUCAAGGUUAUUAAUUUCUUACUACCACUGACAAAUGUUGCUUUUAACAAAUCUGGAUCGAAGUUCAUAACAGGGAGCUAUGACAGAACAUGUAGAGUAUGGGACACAGCGUCUGGCACAUGCCUUCUUACACUAGAAUCUCAUCAAAGUGUGGUCUACGCGAUUGCCUUCAACAAUCCUUUUGGCGACAAGAUUGCCACUAGUUCUUUUGAUAAAACAUGCAAACUGUGGUGUGCUGAGACGGGCAAGUGUUUCCAUACAUUUAGAGGACAUACAGCAGAAAUAAUUUGCUUGGCAUUCAACCCUCAGAGUACGUUAGUGGCGACAGGAAGCAUGGAUACUACUGCCAAACUGUGGGAUGUAGAGAGUGGUGAGGAGGUGGCCACACUGUCCGCUCAUAAAGAAGAGAUUCUUUGUUUAUGCUUUAAUACAGUGGGAAGCCAGCUAAUCACUGGCUCCUUUGACCACGCAAUGGCUAUAUGGGAUGUUCCUUCUGGAAGCCUUGUCCACACUCUGCGCGGUCAUCUUGGGGAGAUAAGCAAUGUGCAGUUUAACUGGGAUUGCUCACUUAUUGUUUCAGCCUCUAUGGACCAUACCUGCAAGUUGUGGGAGGCAUCCAGUGGGAAAUGUGUGGCCACACUAGAAGGACACAAAGAGGAGCUGCUGGAUGCAUGCUUUGAUUUAACUGGACACUUGGUGGCUACAGCCUCUGCAGAUUGCACAGCGCAAGUAUUUAGUGCAGUAACACAUGAACAUGUUUUAACCCUGAAGGGCCAUGAGGGUGAGAUCUCCAAGGUCUGCUUCAACCCCCAAAGUACUCGACUGCUGACUGCCAGCUCUGAUCGGACGGCUCGUCUAUGGGACAUUAAGACUGGAGAGUGUGUUCAAAUAUUAAGUGGUCACACUGAUGAGAUAUUCUCCUGUGCUUUCAACUACGAGGGAGACACCAUUAUUACAGGUAGCAAGGAUAACACAUGUCGCAUUUGGUACUAG